CAGAUCACUAUUUGAGUAGGCGUGUAGCAUGGCUCGUAGUAUCCGUAGGUGUGCCGAGAUCGUCGUCCGGAUAUGGGCAAAAGUUACACCCACUUUCUGCCUGCUCCUCGUCCUGGUUCUCAGCAACGUUUUCAACCCCGGACUCGUUUGUCUUUUUUAAGGAUGUCUUUGAGUGAGAAAAGUAAUGAGGAGAUCAGCAAGUUGCUUGCAGAAUAUGGCAUCAAACAUGGACCCAUAGUCGACUCAACUCGAAAGCUGUACGAGAAGAAGCUUGAAAAGGCGAUGAAGAGCUCUCCAGUGCAACCCUCGCCUGAUAAGACCUACUACAGAGAGGAAGCGGAGGAAGUUACCUACAUCACAUACCACCAGUCCAGUCCGGUUCAAGCGGUGUAUUCGGACAUGCUGAAACGAAGAGGCAACGUUGAGCCAGAUCAGGCCAAGAAAUCAGACCAAGGCACAGAGCCUUCUAUCCAGAGCACUAACAGAGCAGCCAAUCACAGCACAAUACGCUCCGGGGAGCUGGUCAGAAAGUCUGGAGGCGGCAUGUGGAAGGUGAUACGGCUGCUGCUGCUGUUAGCCGUGAUAGCAGCUUUCCUCUACUACUCCUACUGCCGUCUGAACGAUAUAGAAAAUCCUUUUGCGAUUCAAUAAUCUGAUAAUCAGGUUUUUUUUUUCUCAUUCCAAUACAAAGAUCUUAUAAAUCUUUAAAUGCUGGCAGUUUUCUAUAUUUCUUCAUGUCACCAAAUGAGUAAAAUGAACAAAACCAGACACAUUAUAGGCUGUGUAUCCAAUAUACAGUAUCUUAUUCAUCUGUGUCAUCAGUGGGUUUUUUUUAUAAUUAAUAAAUAUAAGAAUAUUAGGAAACAACCUUGAGAUUGAAGGUUGAAAUAAUGUCCCUUAAUCAUGUAACUUUAAAGUAUUGUAUUUCUGAAUGUUGUGGUGUUAUUUCCACAUACAAAUAAAAUGAAAAAAGGUUGGAUUGUUGAUCUUUUCAUAGUUGUAAAUCUUUCAAAGGCUGCACAUUAGUUGUGGCAAGAGGCACUUUCCAGAACCGUACACACUGUCUGUCUGACAAAAAAACCAAAGCAGUCAAAAAUAUUUUGAAACCGACGAACACCAUGUGCCUUGUAGCCGAGGAGAUAAAGAAAUGGUUGUGGUCUUUUCAAGAAAAAACGAGAAUAAUGUUAGCCCUCUCCUUUUAUUUUCUUUGCUUUUUUGCAUGAAAUGUUGCACUUGUAUUCCAUCUAUGCAGUUUUGCGUAUCUGAUUUCUUUUAUGCAGCUGUUUUCUAACAUACUGUAUGUGAUUUGUUCUUAUUUGUGGGACAUACAUGAUGAUUACAUGAUGUCAUGCAGCACAACAGAUUUGUGAACUGAGGCUGUCUUUCAUAUUUCCAAGCUGUCCUCCAAAUCUCUAAAACCAAAGGCUGUUGUCUAAAUGUGUUGAUUUUUUUUAAAAAAUAAAUGAAAAAAUGUCCCCAG